AUGCUUGUAACCCUACCUGAGCCAAGUUUGCAGCUGCAACACCAGAAUUCAAUGGUUCAUGAGCAAAACUCUCAUCGCAAUUCCUCCCACAGCUCCAAAUUGGCCAUUUUUCAUGUCAAAUAUCGUGUAAAGUGCUGUUGCAACAUUUCUGAUAUAUUUGAGAACGGCAAACCGCUCACAACCGCCGCACAACCAGGCCUUGCGAGUUCUCUCAAAUAA